UGCAGUGAAGAAACCUUUGAUCCACUUCCUUUGGGGAGGAACCUUCCAGCCCUUUUAGAUUAAUAACCAAUUAUGUGCCAGUUCUUUCUUAUACUAAGAAAGGAAGAAUUAUCGGGAAGUCUCUGAAGCAUCAACACAUCAUGGACAAAAGGUAGAAGAAAUUAUGGGAGUGUUUUCACAAAGUGUGCCUAAGCAAGGUAUGAGUCACCACAGCCAGCACUACUUCUUUAACUGUGUGUGUGAGAGAAAAAUAACCUGCUUAUUUCCGUAUUGUUCACAGUGGGCUUUAGCCACGACUAACUAAAUUUCCAUCAAUUUUGUUUGUAAACAAUGUCCAAAGAAAAAGGGCAAGAUCUUAAACCAAUGGAGCGCCCUCAGUUAGGUGAAAUAGAUGGCAUUCUCUUGGCAAAAUCCACCUGCGAUGAAUGGAGCCGGAUUCAGAACUUCCAAGCAAAGCCAGAUGAUCUUCUCAUUUGCACAUACCCCAAAGCAGGUACAACAUGGAUCCAAGAGAUAGUGGAUAUGAUCCAACAGGAAGGUGAUCUGGUGAAAUGUCAGCGCGCGCCCCUGAAUCACCGACAUCCAUUCAUUGAGUGGGCAAGGCCACCACAGCCAUCAGGGAUUGACCAAGCAGAAGCAAUGCCCUCUCCACGGAUUCUGAAAACCCAUCUGCCUGUGCAGUUGCUCCCUCGGUCCUUUUGGGAGCAAAACUGCAAAUUUCUUUAUGUGGCAAGGAAUGCCAAGGACUGCAUGGUGUCCUAUUUCCACUUCCAAAGGAUGAGCAAAUUGGUUCCUGACCCAGGAACCUGGGAUGAAUAUUUUGAAGCAUUUAUGGCAGGAAAAGUGGGCUGGGGCCCGUGGUACGAUCAUGUGAAAGGCUGGUGGAAGGCAAAGGACACCCACCGUGUGCUAUUCCUCUUCUAUGAAAAUAUCAAAAAGGACCCAAAACGUGAAAUCCAGAAAGUGAUGCAAUUUGUCGGGAAGCAACUAAAUGAAGCAACACUGGAUAAGAUUGUCCACCAUACCUCAUUUGAAGUCAUGAAGGACAACCCCAUGGCCAACCGGGCUGGAGUGCCCAUUACAGUCAUGGACCAGUCUAUUUCUCCAUUCAUGAGGAAAGGGACAGUUGGUGACUGGAAGAACCAUUUCACAGUAGCUCAGAAUGAGAGAUUCAACGAAGACUACAAAAAGAAGAUGGCAGAUACAACCCUGACUUUCUCAAUGGAACUCUGAGGUCCAAAGUGCCAGUGAUGGAAAUCCUAAAAACAUUCCCUGUAAAGCAGGAUGCAGCUCAGCUCUGUCUUCAGUACUUUAAUUUUUUUCUAGCCGGUCUGUAGACCCUUAUAAUUUCAAAUAAAAAAGGCCUUUCAAAAUUU